AUGCUUUUAUGGAGAAUUGCUGCCAACGUGUUGCCUUCUAAAGAGGUAAUCGGUAAAUUUAAUGAAAACAUAGAUAGAGGUUGUCCGUUGUGCAGUUUGACAGAUGAGUCAUCCCUUCACCUCUUUACUGUUUGUACUAUUGCUAAAGCUAUCUGGUUUCAAAGUCAGUGGGGGUUAAGGAUGGAAGCCAUUGUGUUCAAGUCCACUUCGAAUUUUAUCUGUUUACUCAUUUCUCCUCCUUUUGUGGACAAUCUGAAUCCUAGUCUAAGAGAAGAUUUUUUGCUAUUUGGUGCCAUCCUUUGUGAUGUUAUUUGGAAGCUGAGAAAUCGAUCCCUCUUUGAAAAUGUUGUGCUUAAUUUUGAUGGAGUUGCGUCCAGGAUUUCUAGCCUCUUCGUUGAACAUAAAAAAUCAAGAGCCUCCACCUCAAGACAUAUGGUUUCAGCCCCUCCUCAGGUUUGGAUUCCUCCCUCAAGGUUGGACAUAAAAAUAAAUGUUGACGUAGCAGUGGGUCCUCGUUUCUCUGCCAUCGCUGUUGUUGUGAGAGACUGGAGAGGGGAGGUGGUGUUUGUUGGCUCCAAGAAAGUGAACACCACCCUCCCUCUCCAAGCUGAAGUAGAAGCAAUUAGAUGGGCGAUUUCCUUAGCGCCUACUCUGGGUGGCGACUCUGUCCUUGUGGAGUCUAAUUCUUAA